UGUGUAUAUACACACACAUACAUACACAUACAUAUAAUAUCCGCUUAUUGAUUCUUAAUAUCAUAUAUAGCAAUUCUUCAUUAACACCCUAAAUAUAAUUUGUUACAUAAACUUAUAAACGAAACGCUAAACUCAGUGAGAUAUAGGAUAGAAAAUUGUUAAAAGUCUCUGUUUUAAGUACAAACAUCUCUUUUCAAAUGGCCAAACUGUUCCUAAUUAUAUGAACAAUCAGAUAACAUCUCAAUAGAUACACAAAGUUACAGCAAAUCCGUAAAAAAUUUCUUACACGAGACAACUACUUCAAAAGGACGAUUUUGAUCUUUCUCUUUAUUUUUAAAUAAAAUAAAUUACUUAAUAUUCUAUGUGCCAAAGCGUACGUCAAUAAGCAGUAUUAUUAUCUAGCUCAAACUUUGCCUGAUAGCAUUAUUAUGACUGAGAUAUUUAUACCUUUUAGUUUUUUAUAAUUAUUAACCGAAUGUGAAAUAUAUAUAUGUGCGUAUGUGUAAAGUGUAAUGUGUGCGAAGAAAUAUUGUAUAUCUAUUACAAUUAAAACCUUAAUAUAUCGACAACUAUAGUACAAAUGUGGCUUUCUAAGAUUGUCAUUAAUUCUAAUCGCGGAAACAAAAGUAAUUUUAUAAAAGAGUUUGUACAAAUGGACACGCAGUUAGACAUAUAGUUUUACAAUUUGUUAACGUACUAAAUAACGAUUGUACAAGUCCAACUAAAGUAGGAGACAAAUUUGUACCAGAAGAUUGUAAUGUAAGAACAGUAUUAAGUUGUUUUUUUUUUUCUUUUUUAUAUCGGACAUUGUAAUAUAUUUAUAGUCCAAUAAAACGUUUCUAUCGAAAAAGAAGCAUAUGUUCCUUUGGAUAAGGCAUCUGUUACGAUUACAAUUACGACCGCGGCAGCAAAACUUUUUGCAGAAGAAAAGUCGAAACUCCUCUCUUGUUUCAGAUAACUCUCGAAGAAUGGCGAUAGCUUUUCGCACUUUGGACACGUUUGACACGGAAUUUUCGGCGGACUCUGCAGAAUGGUGUCCCGUAGAGCCGUUCCGGGACAUCCUGGUGUGCGGGACGUAUCAGUUGGCCAAGGAGGACGAGAACGCCAUGACGAGGAGUAAUGACACGUCGAAACGACUCGGAAGAAUCUACACGUUCCGUGUGAUGGACUGCGAAAAAUUAAGAAUGUUGCAACGAGUAGACGUCCCAGCCGUAUUGGACAUGAAGUGGCUACACUGCCCGGACAAGGAGAACAGAAUCUUGCUCGCAGUUGUCAAUUCCACUGGAUGUUUGCAGAUAUAUCGUCUAGAGGAUGAUGGAGGCGUCGCGACGUUAGAAUUACUCGUAGAAGGAAAAAUAAGCGAUAGCGACGACGAGAUCUUGGCGUUGUCUUUGGAUUGGUCCACAGGCAGAUGUAUUUCUCAUACUUGUGUCGCAGAUAAUAUACAUAUCAUCGUCAGCGACUCUCGAGGAUGGAUAUCACGUUUCACAUUGCAUAAGAAUGACUUGACGAGAGACUUCUCGUGGCGAGCGCACGACUUCGAGGCGUGGAUCGCAGCGUUCGACUACUGGCAAACGAAUUCCUUCUACUCUGGAGGUGACGAUUGCAAGUUUCAAGUCUUCGAUAGUAGAACAGGACCUAAUCCUGUGGCGUGUAACAGAACGCAUGACGCCGGUGUAACUAGCAUCCACAGCAACAUUAAUGCAGAAUUCACACUCGCAACUGGAAGUUAUGACGAAAUUCUGAGAUUGUGGGACAAAAGGAACCUCAAACGACCAAUGUCGGAAACUGAUCUCCGCGGCGGAAUCUGGCGCUUAAAAUGGCAUCCCUUUUCGCGCCGUUACUUACUCGCCGCUUGCAUGUACGGCGGCUUUAAGAUCGUCGACUGCGGCAACGAGGAAUCGCCGACAAUCGUUAGCGAAUACAACGAGCACGAGAGCAUAUCGUACGGUUGCGACUGGUCAUACUUGGAGAAGCAGAACGUAUCCGUUUUAAAUAUACGCGAUCCUGAUAGCAAAAUUGGCGCUUUGAUUGGCACUUGUUCUUUCUACGAUCACGCUUUAAAGGUGUCCGUAAUUUAUUCGCAGGACAAGGACUGGCCUCUUUGCGGAUGAAAGAGGGACCAGUCCCCUUACAGAGAAGCAUCAUUGGCUGUGAUAAAUUGGCCAAUGAUAAAUUAUUGUUGCUUAAUAACUUGAUACUUCUAUGAGCAAUAAAAUUGCUGAGAUAGCAAUUUCUCGGGAAAAAAGACUGUACAUUUUACACGAAUUUUCUCCAUGUAUGGUUAUCUACACCGACAGGAUGUCCGGGAUCUUUUGGAAACAAAAAAAAUUUGUGAGGAUUAAUCAGAUCAAACUGAGAAGAAAAG